CGGGAGAAUGUGAAAAGUUUCCAGCCUGCUGGCCGCAAGAGGUGGUGCUGCGAACCUGGCUUGCGAGCGGUAGCGGGAUCUUUGAUUCACUGUCUGUCCCAUGGUGUGGAUUGUGCAGAAGGUCUCCUCGCGUGCACGUGCGGCUCGGCCCCGCGGCUGUCAGGGCUUAUGCAAGUAGUGCUGCUACUUCCCUGGUGAUCGAGACAGAAUUAUGACUUGUGCCUUCACUUUCAAGGAAACUGCUUCAUCAUGGACUAUGGAAGGUGAAAUCUGAACUGAUUUUCUGUGAUUUCAGGUGAACAGAUUCUUAAUCAAAAUCCACUUCUGAAACACUGGUGUAGCCCAUCUCUGCAUUGAGUUGCUGCCUUACUGCACGUUUUGAUGCUAUUGAGUUAUUUGCAAUUUGACAAACUGAACACUGAUGCAAAUAGGAUACAGGAUGCACAACUCUGACUGCAAUUUUCCUUGAUUUAAUCCAGGUGCUGUUAAAAUAAUUCAGUGGUGAAGAUGGUACACCUGAAUGUUCAAAUUCUGCAACAAUAUAGCUCUCUUCAAAUUACAAAUUAAAUUUUUUAUCUAAGUACAUAUGUGUCACAAAAUACAACCCUGAGAUUCAUUUUCUUGUGGGCAUUCCUCCCAGUGUUUAUACAUUGUUAGCACUUCACAACAUUGACUGUAUGGUGAAGUAGACUAGUGCCAUGGUUGCUUGGUUUCUGGAUGGAUAUGAAUGACAAAAAGCUAGCACACGAAGAACAGCUUUGUUCCAGUGGUGCUCCAGGAUUCUCGGUGGAAUCUGUUAGAAGUAUGCAGUCCGAUGAUUUAUUUGCUAGGAAAUACAAAGUCUUUAAUGGUAACAUGGGACCUCCCAUUCCUUCUGGUACACCCUGCAAGUCAGACAGCAGUAGCCAGGUUAAUGGAACACCUGCUGUACCGAAGAUGGGUGUUAGGGCAAGGAUCUCUGAGUGGCCUCCAAAGAAAGAAUUUUCGAAGGAGGGAACAAAUAGUAAUCUGAUGUCGUGGGAUAGUAGAUCAUUGGCCAGUUAUGAUACCGUACCCAUGAUGCGAGCCAGUCAGAAUGGACAGAAUGAUCAAACUAUUGAAGGUCUAGCUGAAGAAACCACAGAUAUUACUGAGGACUUGGAAUUUGCAGAUACUGGAUAUAUUUUUGGAGACCUCUUCACUCGGUCCCCACAAAGGGGACUUCACCCAAUAAGACAGAGAAGCAACAGUGAUGUUACGAUUAGUGACAUAGAUUCUGAAGACAUUCUUGAUCAGAAUGCAGUAAAUCCUAACACAGGUGCUGCUCUUCAUCGUGAGUAUGGAAGCACUUCUUCAAUUGACCGCCAAGGUAUCACCGGUGACAGUUUUUUUGCCAUGCUUAGAGGAUACAGAAAUGAAACUGUAGAACCAAGGAGCCCUGGCCCACUUGGGUUUAGUGACCUGUUGUGCUCAGACUCUGGAGUUUCGCCGAGCCUGCAGGCAGCAGCUCGUAUUUCUCGAGCUGAAUUUGUCAGAAUUUCUGGAUUUGAUUAUAUUGAUAGCCCACUUUUCUUUUGUAAGGACAAGGAUAAGUCGUUCAAACGUAGGUUGAAACCUGAAACAAUGGAGGCAUCUCUUUUUCGAAAAUUGAGAACUGCGAAAAGUGAACAUGAUUCAUUAAAGUUCUCUUUUGAGCAAGAUGAAAACAGAUUGGAGAAAAACAGUCAAUUGUGGAUGUGUCAUAAGUGCUUUGCACACUAUGAUGUCCAGAGCAUUUUGUUUAAUGUGAAUGAAGCAAUGGCAAACAGGGCUAACGUGGGGCAAAGAAAAAAUACAACCACUGGGGCUUCUGCUGCUUCACAGCAUCCGGUCCCGGGAGGUUACUCCACUAAUUGUGAGUCACCUACAGGCAGCAAGGAGGAGCUGAAUUCAAAGGACAGCCUGGAUUCUGACGAAGGAGAUGGAAAAAGCAAUAACUUGGCUUUGGCUUGCCCUUACUUCAGGAAUGAGAUUGGAGGGGAAGGGGAGAGACGCAUUGCACUUUCCAGGGCCAACUCCUGUUCAUUUACUUGCAGUGAAAGUUGCUCCUUUGAAUCUUCACUCAGCUCACAUUGCACUAAUGCAGGAGUGUCUGUUCUAGAGGUACCAAGAGAAAACCAAGCAAUCCAUCGAGAGAAAGUGAAGAGAUACAUCAUUGAGCAUAUUGAUCUUGGAGCAUAUUAUUAUCGCAAAUACUUCUAUGGAAAAGAGCACCAGAACUACUUCGGAACUGAUGAAAGCUUGGGACCUGUGGCUGUCAGUAUCCGGAGAGAGAAGCUAGAUGAAUCAAAGGAGAAAGAAGGUUUACAGUACAACUACCGGAUAGCUUUCCGGACCAGUGAGCUUUCUACUCUGAGAGGAGCCAUUUUGGAAGAUGCUGUACCAUCCACUGCUCGACAUGGGACUGCUCGAGGUUUGCCCAUAAAGGAAGUACUGGAGUAUGUGAUACCCGAAUUGAACAUCCAGUGCCUUAGGGUGGCUUCAAGUUCUCCCAAAGUAAUGGAACAGCUACUGAAACUUGAUGAGCAAGGGCUAAGCUUCCAGCAUAAAGUUGGAGUCCUUUACUGUAAAGCAGGCCAAAGCACUGAGGAAGAGAUGUACAACAAUGAGACAGGAAGCCCGGUGUUUGAAGAGUUCCUUGAUCUCCUUGGCCACAGGGUGAGACUAAAAGGCUUCAGCAAGUAUAGAGCACAGCUGGACAACAAAACUGACUCCACGGGGACCCAUUCUCUCUACACUACAUAUAAGGAUUAUGAAAUCAUGUUCCAUGUGUCAACGAUGCUUCCAUACACACCCAACAACAGACAACAGCUCUUAAGGAAGAGACACAUAGGAAAUGACAUCGUUACAAUUGUCUUUCAAGAGCCUGGAGCACUUCCAUUUACUCCCAGAAACAUCCGAUCCCACUUCCAACAUGUGUUUGUCAUUGUCAGAGUUCAUAAUCCAUGUACUGAAAAUGUCUGCUACAGUGUGGCUGUCUCCAGGUCUAAAGAUGUACCACCAUUUGGCCCACCCAUUCCCAAAGGAGUCACCUUUCCCAAAUCAGCAGUGUUCAGGGACUUCCUACUUGCCAAAGUUAUCAACGCAGAAAAUGCAGCACACAAAUCAGAAAAGUUCCGGGCAAUGGCCACCAGAACAAGGCAGGAGUAUUUGAAGGAUCUGGCAGAAAACUUUGUAACUACAGCUACAGUUGACUCUUCUGUGAAAUUCAGCUUCAUUACACUUGGGGCAAAGAAGAAAGAGAAGACAAAGCCCCGGAAGGAUGCGCAGCUGUACAGCUUUGGAGCUAUUGUGUGGAAUGUUAUUGCUCGGGACUUUGGCCAAUCUAGUGAUAUUGAAUGUCUUCUUGGAAUCUCCAAUGAAUUCAUUGUGCUUGUAGAGCAAGACUCCAAAAAUGUAGUGUUUAAUUGCUCAUGCAGGGAUGUAAUUGGCUGGACCUCUGGAUUAAUGACUAUAAAGAUCUUUUAUGAAAGAGGAGAAUGCAUCCUGCUGUCUGCCAUGGAAAACUGUGCAGAUGACAUCAGGGAAAUAGUACAGAGGCUUGAGUUAGUGACCAGAGGCUGUGAAACAACAGAAAUGACUCUGAGGAGAAAUGGCCUUGGACAGCUAGGAUUCCAUGUUAACUUUGAAGGUAUUGUGGCGGACGUUGAGCCAUUUGGCUUUGCGUGGAAAGCUGGCCUGAGGCAAGGGAGUCGACUGGUUGAGAUUUGCAAAGUAGCUGUGGCAACCUUGACCCACGAGCAGAUGAUAGACCUCUUACGAACAUCCGUGACAGUAAAAGUGGUGAUUAUUCAACCGCAUGAAGAUGGAGCUCCAAGAAGAGGCUGCUCUGAACUAUAUAGGAUACCGAUGGUUGAAUACAAAGUGGACAAUGAAGGCACACCUUGCGAGUUCAAGACCCCCUUCAGAAGAAACACCACAUGGCAUCGAGUAGCCACACCUGCAGGGCAACCAGUCUCCAGGUCCUCCCCCAUACAAGGAGCACCUGACAGACUCCAAUCUCAGCAAAUGUUGCAGCAGAUCCACACAGCUAUCCCUCGCAGUACUUCCUUUGACAGAAAGCUGCCAGAUGGAAUGAGAUCUAUGCAAGACGUGGAAAAUGUUCAACUCUCACAGUCCAAUGUUGGUGAUUCUAGUCAACAUUACAGAAGCUCUCCUAGCAACCAGUCAUCUUCCAGUGAUCCAGGACCAAGUGGCAGUAGUCAUUGGAGGCAACAGUCUGGAUAUGAUGGGUGCCAAUCUCCCGUCCUACAUGAUCAUCAAGGUUCUACAAGUGCUCUGACGGAGUAUGAUGGGCCAAGAGAAAGAGAUGGUACGUUAGAACGGGCCAGAAGCGUUGAGGCAAGAUGGCAUGUUCCUUCAACGAAAAUGCUGAGCUCUUAUAAAGGACUGCAAAGGGAAACCAUUGGCAAAGAGUCUCCAAAUAAAAUUUUACAUAUUACAGAUAAUAAUUGCUCAAGCCAUUCCAGCAGUAACACUCUGUCCAGCAAUGCAUCCAGCAAUAGUGAUGACAAGCAGUUUGGUUCAGGUGACUUGAUGGAUCCAGAAUUGCUGGGGUUGACGUACAUUAAAGGGGCCUCUACUGACAGUGGGAUCGACACAGCUCCCUGCAUUCCAGCACCAUUGAUGGCAACAGUUCAUUUGACUGGAAGCAGGUCAGCUGUGCAGAGCAGAGCGGAGCAGAUGGUGCAGUGGGUGGAGCACUCUGAAGAUGGAGGGCCUGAAGAUGGACAGGCUAAGUCUUAUGCUGUCCACAACUAUACAGCUGCCAUUUCUGCUGGCCUUGCCGCCCAAGGAAGUACCGGUGACCUAAGUGAGAUCUCAUCACACUCCAGUGGCUCACAUCAUUCUGGAAGCCCAGCACCUCGUGUUUCUAAAACCAGUGGAUCACUUGAUGCAUCCAAAGUCUACAUAGUAUCUCAGAACAGCAGUCAACCACUGCUGGGGUCAUUAUCAGGAUCAUAUCAUCGCCAGGGUACUGCCAACAAAUAUGUCAUUGGCUGGAAAAAGUUAGACAGAAGCCCUACACCUGAGGAGUCUGAAAUGGCAGAUUGUAGAAGGAGGUUGUAUGGUGACGUAACAGAAAUAAGCAAUUCCAGUCAACAUCAGGACUUGGUGCAGGAAUUGAGCCCUGUCAGUAAAUCCCAGCAAACCUUCACCAAAGAAGAGUUUCUGAAACUGAUGCUGCCAGACAGCCCUCCUUUGGAACAGAGGAGGAGGAAGAUUUCAGUUUCUGGGAACUUGUCACCAAGGAAAUCCUUGUAUCGCACACUCUCUGAUGAAAGUAUAUGCAGCAACCGGCGAGGCUCUUCAUACAACAGCUCCCGGAGCUCGAUGCUUGAACAAGCACUGCCAAAUGACAUCCUAUUCAGCACCACCCCACCAUACCACUGCACUCUGCCCCCACGUGCCUCACUGAGUCCCUCCGCCUCUGGUCUACGAACGGAAUUCUGGUUUUCUGAUGGGUCCCUGGUGAAUAAAUCGAGGUUCACUGAUCCUGGCUUGAUGCCUCUUCCUGAUACUGCUUCUGGCUUAGAUUGGUCAAACCUCGUAGAUGCUGCGCGAGCUUUCGAAGACCAGAGAGUGGCCUCCUUCUGCACACUGAAUGACAUGCAGUCAGCACAAAGCAUGGAGGGAGCUGAGGAAUUAUCUCUGCACAUUGGCCAAACAGACAGGAAGGACCACGCUGAUGAUACAGGGGGAAAUACUGCAAACACCAUUACUGGGAAAGUGAAUCAGUUGGAGACGAUUCUCAUUCAACUUCAGGAUGACCUUCGAAAGGAAAAGGAAGACAAAGCGAUGCUUCAGGCUGAGGUUCACCACCUGCGACAUGACAACCUACGCCUUCAAGAGGAGUCCCAAACCGCAGCUGCACAGUUACGGAAAUUUACCGAAUGGUUCUUCAACACCAUCGACAAGAAGUCCUGAUGUACUGACAAUGCGAACCAUGAUCAAAAAGCCCUAGCCGAAAGAUUCAUUAACUCCUAGAAUGUUAUACUAAUCUGUUCAGAAAUAAGUAUAGGUGUUGUAGGUAUUAUUUGUCUGGUUCUGUUCACUCAAAUACACCACUGACAAAAAUCCAGUUAAACUUAGCGGUUGAACUAGCUAAGGGCUUCACAGCCUCGUAUUGUAAAAUAGAAACUUGAGAUGGUAACUUCAAUGUAAAAGGUGCUCUAUCUUUUGUAAUUAGUUUCUUUCCAUUGUUGCAGUGUUAUAGCAAUAAGACUUUAGUAAUAUCCCGCAGGGCUUUGUUUGGAAUUUAGCACUAGUCUGAUCAAGCAGGUUUAGAUACAUUUACUAUAGGGGAAUGUUCAUUUGCUGGAAUAAACAUUGGUGCCUGAAACAAGCAGUGUUCUGAUGUUUAAAACUACCCUUGCCUUUUGAAUGGCUCACUUGACUCUACAACUUCACUGAUUUUUGUACAGUUCACUUAAAGGCUGUCAGAUCAAUGGUACACCAUUCUACAAAGAGUGUGUGUACACAGUGAGUCGGCAAGCCACUUGUACAAUGCCAAAUUUGUUUAUCUUUGUACAGAAGCUCUAAAAUGAAAAGUGUCUUGUAUUUAACAAUUAUUUAAAAUUAUUUAACUUUAAAUUGUUAACUUUAAGUUUGGUUUAUCUGCACUAUGGAAAAAAACAGUUUGCUGUAAAUGGUGUUGUCUGUAGCUUGUGAGUACAAAGACAGUCAUGGUGUGUAGUAAAUCAAACACUUGGAUGCUGCUAGUAUAUAAUAUUACAUGGUUUGUACGCUUUGAGAAAUGUGUUCUUUUUAAACAACUUCAUUUGAAAUGUGACAUACAGUUGCUUUUUUAAUAAAUGUAGGACGAAGUUAGUUGCUCAAUUUUUUUAAAAUCUUUUUGCUCCUUUUAUAUUUUAAGCAAUAGGCUUACUUACUUAAGCCCAUCACCCCUACUGGGACAUAGGCUGCCAACAGUUCCUUCCUCUUUCAGGGAUGCGGUCUUUGGAGCGACUGUGAUAUUUCUGUAUCACUGGAUGGGGUUGCUAGCCCCAUGCCCAACUUUCCUCCUUUUGCAGCUGGCCUUGGAACUGCCCAUGGCAGAGUAAUUUUAAGCAAUGUGCUAUGACAUUAAAUUUAGUCUCAGCUUUUUCUAAAGUUACUUAAUCCUGCAGAUACAGUGCUCUACAUGAAUGCACACAGAACAUGAGGUUCUAAUGAAUUGCAUUAAUUCAGGUGCAAUUAGAACACGGUGUCCAGUUGUGCAUGAUGCACUCUAGAAUGGAUCCUUUACAAUAGAUAUAACCAAAGUCCCUCAGUCCCAUAACCAUUCUUAUGAUUGGAUAAAAUGGAAUUGUUCUUCGAGCAGAGUUUGGGAGUUGAUGUGAUGGUGUUCAAAAUAAGACCAUAAGGCUUAGAGGCAGAAAGAGUCUAUUUUGGCCCAUCGAGUCUGCUCCACCAUUUCAUCAUGGCUGAUUUAUUAUCCCUCUCAACACCAUUCUCUUGCCUUCGCCCCAUAACCUUUGAUGUCUUUACUAAUCAAGAACCUAUCAACCUGCUUCAAAUAUACCCAACGACAGCCUCCAUUGGCAAUGAAUUCCACAGAUUCACCACCCUCUGGCUAAAGAAAUUCCUCCUCAUCUUUGUUCUAAAGCAUGAGUUCCCAACUUGGGGUCCACAGACCCCUUGCUUAAUGGCAUUGGCCCAUGGCAUGAAAAAUUUGGGAACCCCUGUUCUAAAGAGACAUACUUUAGAAUGUCUAAUCGUGAUUUCUCUUGGCAAAAUAAAUAAAAGGAACAUUUCCAUUGGUGGAAUAAAUGAGAUUACUAGAAGGGGAUUAGCAAAAUAGGCAAAGGCUCUACAAAGAAUGAGUUUUUCAAUUCAGCAAAUAUAAUUUGAGUUUCACUGCCUGAAGGACAGUGAGAGCAACUUCAAUGAUGGGAUUCACCAAGGAAUUGAGCACUGGACAGUGAAUAGGAUUAACUAGAUUUUCAUUGUAAAAUAAAAAUGCCUUUGAAGGCUACAUCUAUGUACAAAAGUACCACUCACCAGAUGGUCAGAAGUGAGAUUCAUUCACAACCCUUGCAACUCAUCUUUCUUCCCCGACUCAAUUAUCCAUCUGAAGUGUCUUCCAUGUUUAAAGAUCUUGCCGUAGUCACUUCUCGCUGCACCUGUUUUAUGAAGAGAGGAAAGAACCUAACAUUUCUGGUCAGUGAUCUUUCAUCAGAAUUCUUGCUGAUGAAAGAUCGUCAAACUGAAACAUGAACUGUGCUUUCCCUUCACAGAUGCUGCCUGAUCUGCUGAGUAAGCGUUCUCUUCACUGGGAUUCAGGACUGACUAAAUGGCAAAAAGGAUGAGGCAGUGGAAAUAAGAAAGAAGGGUUUGGAGGAGGUGCAGACAGCUACAGGCAAACAUGAAUAACAUCUUGUUCAUCAAAUAUUUUCCAACUUGCAAAUUAUAGACAGAUUGAAGUGCAAUAUGCUUGUUCCUUGGAGUAGCUUAUAUCAACACUAUUACCAGGUACCAUCGAUCAUCUCCCCCUACCACAGGACCUCUGAUUGGUUGUCUGUCAUAUCAAUGAUGACACUUAGAUUUGUGCCACUCUUCUGUGAUGAUGUGAACUGCACAAAACAAAACCUGUGUGGGAGAGUUUUUCAAGUGAAAAAGCAGAUGCACUGGAGCAGUUUCUCUCUCGUCUUUGGAAGUUCAGGCCCAGUGAUACAAGUAGUAGUCACAAACUGGGGUCUUCCUUGGUGGCAGUGGAUGACCAUGACUACUUCUGCACCUUGUCAUGCCCGUUGCUUUCCAUGAAGCGUUGUAGAAUCGCCUUCCUGGUCAUCGGAUCUCACCCUUGAUGUCAUCCACACAGUCCACUGGAGCUGACAGGCAUGUCCCUAUCUCAGCAGGGCACAAGGCCUGCUGGCUACCUUCACCUGGUUUAGUCCACUUGUCGAAGCAAGUGUACUAGUGUGUGACCACUUUCGCAUGCAAACACCUACAGUACUGUGCAAAAGUUUUAGGCAUAUAUAUAUAACUAGGGAGUCUAAGACUUUUGCAUUGUAGUAAUUUUAUGUACUGCACUGUACUGCUGCAAAAAAAAAUAAAUUUAAUGACAUAUGUAAGUGAUGAUAAAACUGAUCCUGAUAUAGGUCUCUAAUGUGAACUGACAGUGCAAGAGGGAAGGGAAAGGGGAAUCAUGGUUGGGAAGAGGGGAGAGGCAAGAAGCACCAGGGAGACAUGCUGUAAUGUCAAUAAACCAAUUAUUUGUAAUCAAAUUACCUUGCCUAGUGUCUCAGGGCUGGGUGUGUCUCCCCUUACCCCUGGCAUUCCUUCUCUGCUACAUGUCCCAUACCUCUCCCACGGUUCCCUACCCUCACCAAGUCCAACAUCCUUUGCUCCCACCAGAUUAGCUUCACUUGUCACAUGUAUGUACAUUGAAACAAAGCGAAAUGCGUCAUUUGCAUCAAUGGCCAAUGCAGUCCAAGGAUGUGCUGGGGGCAGCCCACAUGUGUCACCACACUUUUGGCACCAAUAUAGCAUACCCAAAUCUGUAUGUCUUUGGAAUGUGGGAGGAAACUGGAGCACCCGGGGGAAGCCCAUACAGUCACAGGGAGAACGUACAAACUCCUUGCAGACAGUAGUAGAAUUGAACCCAGAUCAAUUAAAAAUUUUCAAGGUUUGACAUUUAAUGAAAUAAAAGGAAGCCAUUAGGCUUCAUCAGUGUAUGCUGAUAAAUAAGGUCAAAGUAGGUCAACACUCACUUCACAUUUGUACCUUACACAGCCAGUCCUGUGAGUACACGCUCAAUGCCCACUUUAUCAGGUACACCUAUACAACUGCUCGAUAAUCUAAAUAUCCAAUCAGCCAAUCGUGUGGCAGGAACUCAAUGCAUAAAAAAAAUGCAGAAAAAAAAAUCAUGUAGACUGCAAGACCCUACAGAGGAUAGUAAAAACCGCCGAGAGGUUCAUUGGAAUCCCCCAGUUGUGACACUUACCAGGAGCAUUGCAGAUGAAGGGCUGAAAGCAUAGUUGAGAAUCCUUACUACCCAUCCCACUAUCUCUUUGACCCACUACCAUCAGGAUGGAGGUACAGAAUGAUCAGGACUAGGACUGCCGGUCUGGGUAGCAGCUUCUUCCUUCAGGCAGUGAGACUAAUCAAUACUCUGCCACCACCAAGGUCUCAUCUCCAGGUCAGCAAGCUGCUUACUGUUUAGCUAUGCUGUACAAUACAUGUAUUAGGGAUUAUAUUUUUUUAAACUUAAUAUUUUUGUUUAUGUGCUGUGUGAUGCAAGUUUUGUGGGUGCACUGUGAUCCGAAGGAAUGGUGUAUUGUUUAGUUGUGUAUAUGUACAGUCAGAUGACAAUAAACUUGAA